GCCCAGAGUAUAGGACUUUAUCCUUAGACGCCUUAUUGCCUGUUGCAAGAGGUUUGGAAGUACAGCAAUCACUCCCAGAAGUGACGCCCCUGAUGACUGUAGCUCCCGUCCAACCACUACCUGUAGCUCCCGCCCAACCACUACCUGUAGCCCCCGCCCAACCACUACCUGUGGCUCCCGACCCCCCACUGGCUGUGGCUCCCAGCCUGUUUCGGAGACCUAUGAUUACUUGCUUUAAUUGUGGGGUUCAGGGUCACUACCGGAGGGACUGUAGGGCCCCCAGACGGUUUAGCCGUAACCCCCCCCAGUAUGACCAUGGGUAUGAUCGGAACCAGUUUGACCAUAGAUAUGAUCGAAACCAGGAUUCUAGAUACGAUCGGAAUCAGGACUCCAGGAAUGAUCAGUACCAGGACUCCAGGUAUGAUCAAUACCCGGACUCCAGGUAUGAUCAAUACCCUGACCACAGGUAUGAUCAGCGUCCAAAUGCCAGGGCUUUCCCUCCUCCUUCUCCCCGAGGGGAGCGCCCUCAACCCCUCGCAUAGGAAUACGGCAACCCUGUGUCUUCUGCCUCCUCCCCUUCCCUUCCAAUGAUGGCCGCCACAACCCGGUCAGGGGCGGGUCCUCUAGCAAAUAUUUUGAUCCCAAUAGAGGGCCGCCCCACCAACUUUCUGGUGGACACAGGGGCUUGUCGUAGCGUCAUUCGGGAGGCAGAAAUCCCUGACCCCUCCUACUUAUCCUCUAUAGAUGUGUCCUGCGUGGGUGUGGACGGUCAGUCUCGGUCCAGCCCUCUCACGAGACCUCUACAGGUGGGUACUACCCCCGCAUUGUUGGCUAGAUUUGUGGUUUCGAACACCUGUCCCCUCAAUCUCUUGGGGGCGGAUGUUCUUUCCCGGCUUCAGGCCUCCAUUAUGUAUAAUGCUGACGGGUCCAUCUCCGUGUCCACUGCCCUGAGUGAGGGUGACACGUCAGCAUUAUGUUCCCUCCCCAUCCUGAUGUCCCUGCAGGUCCCGCCGGAAUCUAUCCCUGACCAUUUCCUUGAUCAAAUACCCUCCUGCCUCUGGUCCACUGGCCCAGAGGAUGUAGGUAGGUUGUCAGUUCCCCCGGUGGUAGUCCUUCUCAAGCCAGGAGCUGUUCUUCCUAGAAGGGCACAAUACCCCCUCAAACCUGUCCAGACUCAGGCAAUUUCUGAGCAAAUUGAAGUUUUGUUGGGAAAUGGUGCCCUGAUACCCUGUACUUCCCCUUGCAAUACCCCAUUGUUUCCUAUUAAGAAGAAGACCCCCAAGGGUCACCCGGAUAAGUUUCGGUUAGUACAGGAUCUUAGAGCAGUGAACGAGGCCACCGUUUUGGAGACACCACUUGUCCCCAAUCCACACACUCUUCUGUCAGGGGUUCCCCCAUCUGCAACGAUUUUCACUGUCAUCGAUUUAGCAAAUGCCUUCUUUAGUGUCCCAUUGGACCCCUCCUGUCAGUACUUGUUUGCCUUCACACAUGCUUCAAAGCAGUAUACCUGGGGUGUUCUCCCUCAAGGCGCCCAGAACUCACCCAACCAGUUCACCAAGGCCAUGUCCCUCAUCCUCUCCAACUGGCCUAACCCCCACCCGGACCUGGUUGUGGUUCUUCAAUAUGUGGAUGACUUGCUCGUCUGUGCCCCCUCUCAGGAAACAGCGGAACAAUCUUCUGUCAGCCUUCUGGUGUACCUGUCUCAACAAGGAUGCAAGGCCUCGAAAGAGAAGUUACAGUGGUGCUCUCCCCGUGUUGUUUUCCUGGGACAUUGCAUAUCUCAUGGCGCGAAGCACAUUACGCAACAGCGCGUUGAAGCCAUCCAAGCCCUUUCACCCCCCAGCAGCGCUAAGGCCCUACAUGCUUUUUUGGGACUGAUUUCUUAUUGCAGAGCCUGGAUACCUGUGGCCUCCCUUCUCAUGCAGCCACUAUAUGACAACCUGCCGUGUGUCCCCUUUGCAUUGUCCGAAGAAGCCCUUACUAACUUUUCCCUUUUGAAAAAGGCGAUCAGCACUGCUCCUGCACUUGGUCUUCCUGACUAUGGAAAGCCCUUUAGGUUGUUUAUUUCUGAGACCCAAGGACACGCUUCAGGGGUGCUGACACAAAGUUAUGGACUCCGUAACCGCCCCAUUGGUUACUAUUCUGCCCGCCUGGACUCUGUCGCUAGAGGAGGCCCAUCUUGUCUCCGAGCUGUUUUUGCUGCCCAGGCCCUAUUGGACAAAACUUCAGAUAUUGUUUUGGGGUAUCCCCUACAGCUGCUUGCCCCUCACGAUAUCUCUGCCAUCUUGAAUCAAGUGCAGCCCAAGCAUAUUUCCUCUGCUCGGCACCUUCGGUUGCAAUGCUCUCUUCUCCUGCCUGACAAUGUCACACUGCUUCGAUGCCAGCAGCUGAACCCCGCUACCCUUCUUCCUCUUGUCCAGGGGGGAAAUCGUGAUAUGUCUCUGGACGAACAGGAAGAAGAGAACACAGACUUACCUGCCCCUACCUUGGAUGAAUAUGAACAUGAUUGCUUUGAACUCAUGAAGGCGGAAACCACCCAUCUACCCUCUGUCCUGGAUUCACCGAUCCAAGAUCCUCAACUCACCUUGUAUGUUGAUGGUUCCAGAUUUGCAGAUUCAUUCGGCAAUUACCAUACAGGAUAUGCGGUUACCACAGAGACUGUAGUUAUGAAAGCCGCCUCGCUCCCAGCAUCCAUGUCUGCUCAAGAGGCUGAGCUCUAUGCCCUUACAGUAGCCUGCCAGAUUGCAGAAGGACAAACAGCAAACAUCUAUACUGAUUCGCGGUACGCACUGGGCGUUGCCCAAGACUUUGGAGUUAUAUGGAAGACUCGCGGCUUCUUGACUACAGCCGGUACCCCGGUGAAGCAUGGAAGGGCAAUAGAUGCACUGCUGACAGCACUCCAACUCCCUGAACAAGUAGCAAUACUGAAGGUUAAAGCCCAUGGAAAGAGAACCACACCAGAAGCCAGAGGAAACUACCUUGCCGAUGAAACAGCAAAACAAGCAGCCAUGACCCCUCUAGAGGCUCAAACCACAGACUUUGUGGGGAUACACCAUCCACAACCAGAAGCGGUACACACAGACCUACUUAAAAAGACUCAAACAGACGCUGCAGACCAAGAGAAAACUACGUGGAAUAAGAUGGGAGCAGUACGGAUGAAUGACCUUUGGACUGUAGGAACCCGCCCAUGUCUCCCCAGAGCUUUGUACCCAGCUGUGGUACAGUGGGCCCAUGGGCCAACCCAUCUCUCAAAGACUUUGAUGAACUCGCUCAUAAACAAACAUUAUGUAGCUCCAGGAAUUACUACUUUAACUAACCAGUACUGCAAGUCCUGCCACACCUGCCUAGCAUGCAAUCCCGGAAGGCUGGAGAAAACUCCCCCGAAACAUUCAGUCAGACCACUCUACCCCUUCCAGAGAAUACAGAUCGACCACAUACAAAUGCCAAAGAGUGGUAGAUUCGAGUAUGCCCUGGUAGUUGUAGACAUGUUCUCAGGAUGGCCCGAGGCAUAUCCAGUUGCAAAUCAGACAGCGAAAACCACAGCUAAAAAGCUACUUUUGGAGGUGGUUUGCAGAUUUGGGGUACCCGAGGUUAUAGAAAGUGAUCAAGGUCCUGCGUUCACUGCUACUAUUACAAAAGAAAUAUGGAAGGCCCUAGGUACCACGUUAGCAUUUCACACACCUUAUCAUCCUCAGAGUAGUGGGAAGGUGGAAAGAAUGAACCAGACACUUAAAACCCGAAUGUUGAAAAUGGCCAAAGAUACAGGUCUGUCCUGGCCAGAAAGUUUGCCAAUAGCUUUAUUCAGUGUACGGUACUCCCCGAGAGGGAAGUAUUCUUUGUCCCCUUUUGAAAUCUUGUUUGGUACAGCUCCCAGGUUAGGUUGUUACUACCCGCAACAGUUGCAAUUACAGUCUGAUACUUUGGUAGAUUAUGUGACGGCUCUGGCCAAAGAAUUAACUAAUAUCCAUGCACGAGUAUAUUCUUCCAUUCCAGAUCCUGAUUUAGAUACCGGUACUCACAGCAUACUUCCUGGUGAUUGGGUGAUGGUUAAGAAGUUCCUCCGAAAACAUUCUCUAGAGCCAAGAUAUGAUGGUCCAUUUCAAGUGUUGCUGACAACAGCUACUUCAGUAAAGUUGGCCGGAAAGAACACUUGGAUACACGCAUCCCAUUGCAAAAAGGCUCCAGUUCCUGAGGAUUGUGACCUACCCGCAUCAGAAUGAAGUUAUAUAUCCUUCUUUUUACAGUGACAGUGGUGUACACACAGGAGGUGGCUAUUAGGAAAACAGAACAGAUAGUGCAAUUCUGGUAUAAUUCAUCAGACACACAUGUGACUACCUUUAUAUUUGAUUACUGUGAUAUAUAUCCUCCAGUUGCGUGGUAUUGGUGUCAUACGAACCGACGGGUGUUUAGUGUCCGCGGAGACAUAUAUCUAUGUGAUGCAACUGAAGAUUGUAAUGAUUGGGGAUCUGUGGGUUGGAAUACAGGUGAUGACUGGGGAAACAGACCACAGCAUGCUCUGAGUAAAAAAGACAAAUAUGGGGAGCCAUUACUUGAUAGACUAACCUUGAAAAAA